GUGAGGCGGCGGUCACGUGUUGUUUUGCUCUUUAGUUGGGGCACUCGGUGCGCGAUGUGUUACUUACGGCGAAACUCCCGCCGGCGCCGGCAGCACCAGCGGCGGUCGGGGAGCCUUAGCGGCGUCGCCGGUAUUCCAGCAGGGGAGGACGCCGAGCGGCCGCCGGCAGCACCCGCUGCCUAGAGGUGACAGCGGAGGAUCCCGCUGCGGCUCCGAGCAGCCGUGCUCUUCUGCGAAGGAAUAACUUUCUUUUAGCCGCUUCCCUCCAUCCUUCCUUAUUAUUUUUUUUCCUUUUUCUCGCCGCGGCGCUCGGGCCCCGGAUCCGCUCAUCGUCGGCGACAGCAGCGAGAGGAGCCGGGCGGCGCUCCUGCCGCGGGGCUGGGGAUGGCGAGCCCCGCUGUGCUGGGGCUGCUCCCCCCGCUGAGCUCCCCGCCCGGCCCCAACCUGAACAACAACAACAACAACAACCAGGGCGUGAGGAAGUGCGGGUACCUGCGCAAGCAGAAGCACGGCCACAAGCGCUUCUUCGUGCUGCGCGGCCCGGGCGGCGGCGGGGAGGAGGCGGGGGGCGCCCGGUUGGAGUACUACGAGAGCGAGAAGAAAUGGAGGAACAAGUCCGGGGCGCCCAAGCGGGUGAUUGCCCUGGACUCCUGCCUCAACAUCAACAAGCGGGCUGACGCCAAGCACAAGUACCUCAUCGCCCUCUACACCAAGGACGAGUACUUCGCUGUGGCGGCCGAGAACGAGCAGGAGCAGGAGGGCUGGUACAGAGCUCUUACCGAUCUGCUCAACGAGGGCAAGGCGGCCUGCCAGGGGUCCCCMCACCGCCACCUCGCCUCCCCCUUCUCCGCCUCCUGCGGCGCCGCCGCCGCUUCCCUGGCCGCCGCCGGCGAAGACCUUAACUACGGGCUGAUCGCUCCGGCCACYGCUGCCUACCGAGAGGUCUGGCAGGUGACGCUGAAGCCCAAGGGCUUGGGGCAGAGUAAAAACCUCACCGGCGUCCACCGGCUGUGCCUCUCGGCCCGCACCAUUGGGUUUGUGCGCCUCAACUGCGAGUUGCCCUCGGUCACGCUGCAGCUGAUGAACAUCCGCCGCUGCGGCCACUCCGACAGCUUCUUCUUCAUCGAGGUGGGGCGCUCGGCCGCCACCGGCCCCGGCGAGCUCUGGAUGCAGGCGGACGACUCGGUGGUGGCCCAGAACAUCCACGAGACCAUCCUGGAGGCCAUGAAGGCGCUGAAGGAGCUGUCCGAGUUCCGGCCYCGCAGCAAGAGCCAGUCCUCCUCCUCCUCGUCCUCCGGGGGGGCCGGCGGGCUCGGCGGCAGCGGCGUCUCCGCCACCCACCCCAUCACCGUGCCCGGUCGCAGGCACCACCAUCUGGUCAACCUGCCUCCCAGCCAGACCGGCCUCCUCCGCCGUUCCCGCACCGACAGCCUCGCCGCCGGCGCCGGCACCAAGUGCACGCCGUGCCGGGUGAGAACGGCCAGCGAGGGCGACGGCUGCCGGGUGGGCUCUGCGGCCGGCAGCCCCAUGAGCCCGGGCCCCGUGCGGACCCCCUUGAGCCGCUCGCACACGCUCAGCGGCGGCGGCGGGCGGCAGGCGGGGAAGCUGCUCCCGGUGCUGGCCGGCGGCGGCGGGCUGCAGAGCAGCCGUUCCAUGUCCAUGCCCGCCUCCCACUCGCCCCCCUCCGCCACCAGCCCCAUCAGCCUUUCCUCCAGUAGCGGCCUCGGCUCCGAGCCUGCCCACCCCCAUCACCCGCAGCGCCCGUCCAGCGGCAGCGCCUCCGUGUCCGGCUCCCCCAGCGACGCCGGCUUUAUGUCCUUCGACGAGUACGGCUCCAGCCCGGGUGGCGACCUCCGGCCCUUCUCCUCCUCCUCCACUGCCAGCAACCGCAGCAACACCCCCGAGUCGGUGGCCGAGACCCCCCCAGUGCGGGACCCGGGGGGCGGCACCGACCUCUACGGCUACAUGGCGAUGGAGCGGCCACCGAGCGGCCGCCUCUGCUACCGGCCCUGCCCCGACGCUGCCGGCGACAGGUGCCAUCGGAAGCGGACCUACUCCUUGACCACGCCGUGCCGGCAGCGACCCGCCGCGCCGCAGGUCUCCUCCGCCUCCCUCGACGAGUACACGCUGAUGCGUGCCACUUUCUCCGGCAGCGCCGGCCGCCUCUUCCCCUCCUGCCAAGCCGGGGCUUCCCCCAAAGUGACCUACACCCCCUACCCCGAGGACUACGGGGACAUCGAGAUCGGUUCUCACCGCAGCUCCGGCAGCAGYAGCACCAAUCUGGGCCCGCCGGCAGGGGGUGGAGGAGGGGGAGAUGAUGACGGCUACAUGCCAAUGACCCCCGGUGUGGCCGUCGCCUUAGGGCAGGGAAGCCGGGGCAGCGAUGAUUACAUGCCCAUGAGCCCCACCAGCGUGUCUGCCCCCAAGCAGAUCCUGCAGCCUCGGGCAGGGGUGGGUAGCGGGUCCCCGGGGAACGGGAGCAGCUACAAGACCAGCUCGCCUGGGGAGAGCUCCCCUGACGAYAGCGGGUACAUGCGGAUGUGGUGCGGCUCCAAGCUGUCUGUGGAGAGCUCAGAUGGAAGGCUGAGUAACGGUGACUAUAUCAAUAUGUCYCCUCGGGACCCCCAGAACGGGUCCCAAGCUCCCUCCCUCACCCCCCCAGACUUCUUUUUCGCCCCUUCAGGGCAUGGGUCCAAUGAGCCCCCAAAGCCCAGCUGCUAUUCAUACAGCUCCUUACCCCGCUCCUACAAGAGCCAGGGCUUGGCAAAGGACAGCGACCAGUAUGUCUUCAUGAACUCCCCGGGGAGGAUGAUCCCAGAGGAGGCGGUGUGUGGAGUGGGCCAGUUGUCUGCAGGCACCUUUGCCCCCUCCAGCCACACGGUGCCUUCGCCCCUGCGGCACAGCCGGACCGAGAGCUUCCUGAGCCAGCGCUGCCAGCGGGUGGCCCGGCCCAGCCGCCUCUCCUUGGAGACCUUGCGGACGAUGCUGCCCAGCAUGAACGAGCACCCUCUGCCGCCUGAGCCCAAGAGCCCUGGUGAAUACAUCAACAUUGACUUCGGGGAUGCUGCCGUCUAUUCUCCCCCCUCGCUGCCUGCUGACAGCCCGGCCUCCUCCCUGGGCUCAGGCACAGGGCAGAGGCGCUCCCCUCUCUCUGACUACAUGAACAUUGACUUCGGGUCACAGUCGCCCUCCCAGUCGGGCACGGUCUCGGUGGGCUCCUUGGAAGCUCUCUCUCCAAGUUCUUCCUCCAGCACCAGCCAGCCCAACGGGCGCUAUCUGAAGGCGGCUGUGGGGGUGGCUUGUUCAUCCAGCCCAUCGGAUGGUGGUGAUUACACCGAGAUGACCUUUGGCAUGGCCACUACCCCACCUCAACCCAUCRUUCAGAAACCAGAAAGUGCCCGGGUCACCAGCCCCACAUCUGGGGUGAAGAGGCUCACCCUCUCUGGGGUGGAGGCUUUCAUUCUCUCCAGCCCUCCUCCAGACCCAAACCGGGGGGCCAAAGUCAUCCGGGCAGAUCCCCAGGGGCGGAGGAGGCACAGCUCAGAAACUUUCUCCUCCACCACCACUGUGACCCCAGUGUCCCCCUCCUUCGCACACAACCCUAAACGACACAACUCGGCCUCGGUGGAGAACGUGUCCCUCAGGAAAAGCGAAGGCCUGGAGGAGGAGCAGGGUAGCAGUCCCAUGUGCCGGGAGACCUCGGCUGGCUUCCAGAACGGCCUCAACUACAUUGCCAUUGAUGUGGUGGACGGGUCCCUGGCAAACUGUGACAAAUCCAGGUUGAAAGCCAGGCACCUCCUGAACGGGGGCAUCAAUGGAGUAGAGAUGAACGCCUAUGCCAGUAUAGACUUUCUGUCUCACAACCUSAAAGAAGCAAGUGCUGUGAAAGGAAGUACAGGAAGAUGGAAAAGAUGAAAGAUCCACCGUUUGCAGAGCAAGCUUUGAACCUAAUUAAGACGAGAGGAUUGUUGAAUGCAGUGUCAGAGUUUGAAAAGAUGAAGGCUUAUUCUGAAUGACUGGAAGGGUUGAGGGCAGAGCCUUAUUUGUGUCUUGCUUUUAGUUUUGCUGGGAUCGCUUUYAGGAUCCUUGUGGCUUCCCCGAGCCCGGUGCGGAUGCUGCAGCCCCCGCUCUCCUUGCCCGGCCUAGGAUGGUGGUCUCGGGCGCCGGCAGACGAUCACGCCCCUUUGCUUUGCAAACGGAUUUUUCACAGAAACCAGGAGCAUGUCUUGAGCCACCUCCAGCCCCAGUUGCCAGUGAAGCCCGGUGUUGGGAAAGAGCUCUUUCCACAGCAUUCCCCAAACUGCUGACCCUAAAGCGGGUGGGGGCGGGCGCCGGUUACCGGGAAAACCCGGCGCGGGAGCGCGGCCGGCAGCAGGCGGCACGCGGGAAUGGGAGCGGCGGGCGGUCAGAUAAGGAGAGGGAAACGACCGCCGUCCUUCCCAUCCGGUAAACAAAAGGAUAAUGCGCUGAACGCAGCCGUGUUAAUGUGCUACGGGCUUACAGCGGACAGGGCUCAGUGCUGCUGCCGCGUGUGUUUGUCCAAGGACGGUUAUAGGCUUGCCUUAUUUUAAUAUUUAAUCUGCAUGUGUGUUUGUUUUUCCUCUUUCCCGUAAGCUUCUAAACGCAGAUCACAUGGAGGAGUGGUGCGGGGAGGCUCGUUGGGAUUGACCCUAUCUGUAGGAGGUGGGCUGUCAACUCCAGCACCUCGCUUCCCUGACAAGGGUGCCAGCCUGUAGGGUGCACUCAGAGGUACGGGAUGCAGGGAUGGAUGGAUGGAACCAGAGUCAGGUCAAGGUAGUAAGGAAGAACCUCACACCGCCAGCAUCCUCAGCCAGUGGGUUGGGUACCAAAAACAGGGCAUCAGGUUAAUUGCCCUUGUGGCAGCCAAACUGGGAAAGUAACAGCAUGGGGAAGGAGAUAUACAUCACGAAGGACUUUGUUGGUGUAAGUUUAGCCAAAGUAUAAACUUCUGUAAUUUCCUAGUUUCCUUUUUGGUUUUCAUUGGGAUUUUACACUGAUGUUUGUUUAUGGAAGGACUUCUGCCCCUGCUUAAAAAGGUCACCCAGCAUUUUGCUAAUGUAUUUUGAGUUUCAAACAUUGUGAUUUGGGAGACUACUAAGAAUUUAUUGUUUUACUGAGAAAUGUGUUCUGUUUAAAGAAAACUGUAUUUUGCACAUAGGAAAGAUUAUUUUGACAGUAGUAAAUCAUGUACAUUUGAAAAAACCUAAUUCAGUAAAAAUUAAUUAUUUGGAAAAUAGAGAGCAUAUAUAAUCAGCAUUGUUUGUUUAGUUUGCACUUUUUUMGUACUUUGUUUUUAACUACAUUAGAAAAGUGAGAAGUUUUACUUCAGAAAACAAGAGUGGUUCCUAGUAAUUUUAAAAUUAUGAAGAAUCCACUUCUAUUGAAUAUUUAGAACAGGAGACUGUUACAGGCAAACUCCUUGUAAUAACCUUUGCAGUUAAAUACUACUUUGAUUUGUACAAAAUGCAUGUUAAAAAAACAUAUAUUAAGUUCUUCCUUAAAGAUUUUGAUUUGUGCAAAAUACGUGUAAAAAAACAGUUUGAGUUACUCCUUCAGGUCUGUAGCAGUAGCUGUAUUUUCAUGUGGAUAAGUGUUUUAAGGGAAAUUAUUUGUAUCAUUUAAAGGUGGCUGGCUUUCACAUGUGGUGUGUUUUUCUGCAGUCAGUAACUUGCCUCUGCUGUAGGGAGUGCUGUGCUUUUGGAAAUCUCUGUCCAUAUUAUCCUGUGAUGGCAAGAGCAAGGAGUGCAUCCUCAACUGCUGUCAAAACAGUUAACAGGUUGCUUGAAAUUACUGCUUCAUUUAGUUUUUCUGUGUUCUGAAAAUGUGCAAAUAUUUAGGAACUGGAGAAACAAUUGCCUUCAUCUGAUCUGUAAAUAAAAUAAUACUGUUAUUGGUGGGUUAACCUUGUUACUUGCUAAUAAUUAGCCUUUGCUCUAAAAUUAUGACUGCUUUUUUUGCUUAUAAACAUAUGACCUGUGUAUGAAUUUUAUUAUUUAUGGAGAUGUCACCAGACUUGAGUGGGUAAUCUUUGCUUUCCAUUCACAGAGUGCUCUGUAGUUUUAACUUGUAAAUGUYUCUACUAGUUGGUCUAGUUUUCUAAAAUUUAACAGUUACUGUGUGUAAUAAUGUAAAAAUCUUGAGGGUUCUUUWCUUCCUGUGUUAGUUUCUUUUGCCUUGAUUUGUUUGAAGAAGUCAUCAUCUAUAAUGCAUCUACUUAAGAUGGUAAUAAGGUGAUUUUUGAAAAUAAUGAUCAUCCCCCUGCACUCACCUUGUCAAUCAGCUUUUAGUUUUGUGAGGGUUUUAUGAUUGCAACUAGACAAUAAAAAGCCUAUCUUAAGAAAUCUCUUCUUCUGUCUUUCUAAUGGUGUUUUAGAUAUUGAAGACAUAAACUUUGUUUCCUUUUUCUUUGAGUUUGCUUUGUUCAAUGAAUUAUAUUAUUAAGUUGUUCUUUUACCUCCUCUCCAUGUGCCAGCUGCCAAAAAGUUUUGGUUCUUCAAGUGACAUGGAGUUUGUUUGUCUCUUAAAAAAACAUUAAUGCUCAUUUUAAAAUGGCUUCUUAAAAGUAUUAAAAUGUGCUGGGUUAGAAAUCAAUGCAUCUUUUCAAAUGUUUUUUGAAUAAAUGCAGUGUAGUAGUUUCUCUWACGAUUAAGUUCUGUAAGAACAUCAAACAUACAGAAAGAACUGAGCUGCUUUUAACAACUUCUGUGCUUGAGUUUUUAACUUAACCUCAAAUUUUUACUUCUAAGUCUUUCUUUUAAACACCUUGGAAUUCACCUACURUCUUUCCAGAUGGCACUUUAUGGGUGACCAAAAUGGUUAGAUCUGAGCCUAGCAGUGCUACUCGUGAAACACAAAAUGURAACUGAAUUUAUCUGGGGUUAAAUGAAGCCUUUGAUAUUUUAAGUAAWGUUGAUUAUAUGGGUGUCAGCUUGUUGCAAGCAGAUAGACUAUCUUGACAUCUAUUAGACAUUUUUUUUGCUUUAUACUUUAAAUUAUGUUUAUCUGUACUGCUCAUAGAAAGAAUGUCAUARUUACUUUGAGUAAUUUAAGAUAAAUUGUUGUAGACCAAGUUGAAUGGUGGGUUUGUUCUAAAAUGAACCAGUACAGUCAUUGCUUAAGGCAGAGGAAAUGCUUAGGUUGAUGAUUGCUUCUGAUUACUUGAUUUCUUUCAAGAUAGCUACAGAGACUAACGUUCGUUUGUAAGUAAAAAGAAUAAAGGAGUGUUUGAACAGAAAGAGUAUUAAGAUAUGUUUCAUAUGGUGGGGUUGUUUUUUUUUUUUUUUUUUAAACGAGAGACUAACAUGGGUUUCUUUACACUUGAUUUAUCUUUAAAUAGCAUUAAUUACACUGGAAUGCCAAAGUGGUUUCUAAGCUGAAACACAGCAAGCAUGCACUGAAAAAGUUAGCCAGUUACUGUAUGUGAUCUAACUUCUCUCCCUGUUCUGAAGUUAAAUGGCAGCAUAGUUACAUGCUGUAUAGUUACAGGUAUUUUCUGACUAUAUCAGUUUUUCUCUAAGAGCACCAUUAGUAUGUUUCUGUUUAAAGAAAUAAACUUCUAAAAAAAGGCUA